AUGACAGAGUUUAGCAAGAUACCAGAAGCCUUGACAUUGCAAAUCCUGUUAAGACUUCCACCUAAAUCUCUAAUGCGAUUCAAGUGCGUUCAUAAGUCGUGGCAAACUUUGAUGAAGGAUUCCAACUUCAUGGCCAAUCAUUUUUCCACUUCCAUGCACAACAAUGUUUGUAGUACUAUUGGUGUCCUUUUCAAACGUGAAAAUUUCAAGAGACCUGACAGUACCUGGGAGAAUGAAAGCGAAAGUAUUAUCUCAUUGAUUAAUAUCUCCAAACCUGAUGGUGGUGAUAUUCAUUGUCUUGUCGAGGAUGUUACGGAGGGCCAGCUUAUUGGGUUCGAGGCUCUAGAGUCUGCAUGGAUUAUAGGGCAUUGUCAUGGGAUUAUCUGUCUAAGAAAUGAUAAUAAAGUAAUUCUAUGGAACCCAGCUAUCAGGGAAGUCAAGGUCACUUCGCCAUAUGUUCCCGAUGUUUUCUUAAGUAAUUUGGGAAUAGGCUAUGACCCUAAAUCCAACAAUUACAAAGUUGUUCACAUUUCUAAUGGUACUCGGGAACAUUAUGGUGAUGGACAUAUCCUUUUCAAUCGACCGAAAGUAGAAGUAUACAACUUAGGUACGGAUUCUUGGAGACAGAUCAUGACGGGCUGUUUAGAAACGGAAACUACUAACUUUUGGUUUAAGGAUUUCCACAUGUACUUCAAUGGAUUUUGUUAUUGGAACGGGAUCGAGCAACUGAAGGAGUACCAGGAAUACUAUGAUCAUGGAGAGAAUCAACUUCCUAAGCCAGUGAUCAUUUCGUUUGAUAUGGGUGAUGAGGUAUUUCACACUAUGUUGCUUCCGGAUUUUGUAUACGAGGGUUAUAUGUGGUGUUAUAUUUUACGUCUUAUGGCGUGGAAUGAAUCUGUAGCUAUAUUCGGCCGAGAUUUUGGUAUAACUUCUCAUGAAUCCUGGGGUCUAUGGGUGAUGCAUGACUCAGGUGUAGGUGCAGGGUGUUGGAUAAAGCAAUUCAGCCUUGUGACCGCAAUGGGGAUCGAGAAACUAUUGCAAUUUUGGAAGAGCGAUGAGAUUCUUAUUGUUUCGACGGAAAGGCGUCUGGUCUCAUACAACCUUGAUACUGAAGAGUUUAAGUAUCUAACCGCUAAUAGCAUGGAUUCUGAUAGUUUUGAAGCAAUUGUUUACCUGAACAGUAUAGUUUCGAUCAAUCUGACUAGGGAGGCAACCGAGAUUAAUAUAAGUAGGGAAGCAACCGAGCUUCCCUAA